AUGUGGCUGCUCCUCCAGGCAGCAGUUGUGUGCCUGACGCUGGGCUCGGGGCGAUGCUCCGAGGAGAGCGGUCAGGAGAGCAGCGGCCACCGAGCUGCCCAGGCCACGGCCUCCUACCCGGAGUGGGGCAUCGGCACCAUCCGGGACAGCUUCGAAGCAGUGAACAGCUACUUUGACUCCUUCCUGGAACUGCUUGGGGGGAAAAAUGGUGUUUGCCAGUACAGGUGUCGGUAUGGGAAGGCUCCGAUGCCACGACCUCACUACAAGCCCCAAGAACCCAACGGCUGUAGCUCAAAUUUUCUGGGGCUCAAGGUACCUGGAAGUUUAGAUUUGGGCAUCCCUGCCAUGACCAAGUGCUGCAACCAGCUGGACAUCUGUUACGACACCUGCGGGGCCAACAAGUACCGCUGCGACGCCAAGUUCCGCUGGUGCCUCCACUCCAUCUGCUCCGACCUCAAGCGCAGCCUCGGGUUUGUCUCCAAGGUGGAAGCCUGUGAGUCCAUGGCAGACACUGUGUUCAACGCUGUCUGGACCCUGGGCUGCCGGUCCUUCAUGAACAGCCAGAGGAGUGCCUGCAUCUGCAGCGAGGAGGAGCGAGAUGAGCUGUGAGGAGGAGCAGGAGCCUGCUGCCAAGCGUCCCCCCUCUGACAGCGAGCUUCAGCACAGCCAUUUCUU